UAUGGAGACGGAGACAUGGAGAGCGAAAUUGAUGUGUUCCGUGAACAAUUUUUUCCGUGGAAUUUGAACGAGGAAACGGUAUAUAGUUGCGAAAUUACCCGAAGACCUGGAGCUGUAUUUGACGAACUUGCUUGCUACUUACCAUUACGAGAAGAAGUGUUCGGAUUCUACAAAAAAAUAGAACUCGAAUUUACUAAAACUGCAACAGAAGUCGUCGAAGUGACUAGCACCAGGCAGGCAGAGACAGACCCUGAAACUGGGUGGUCAACUAUCUAUUUUCACAGAAUUGUAGAUUCAACUCACAAGGGCAUUCGCCUACACACUGAAGCUGGAACUCGAUGCGCAUAAACUCUCAGAUACGGCUUUACCUGCAGAACUAUAUGCUAACGUUGUCUCUCAAUCUUUAAAUUUGGUGGUUGGAAGUGUUAUGUUAAAUGAACGUCUCGUUGAAGCACCAUUAGGCAACAUGCGAUCCUUCGACGAGCGGUAUUACAUGGACUUGCAAUCUGAAAUCCCGACAAUUAGAUUGGAAAACGGGAGUAUAGUUGUGAACAAACUGGGGCUAGGUGAAAUACUCCAGAUGCAACUGGACGCCAACGGAUCUCUCACUGUUCUAAGGAAGCAGUCGUCCCCUCUGAGUCGGCAGCGCAGGACUCUAAAAGGCCUCGCAGUCGGCACUAGUAUGUGGGUUAGUAUUCCGGGAGGAGAGAGUGUCAUUUUCUCAAAUGAUGGUCGACUGGUGGUGACAAAUGGCAAAACUGGAACAGGAAACGUGACUUAUAAGAGCCGAAAAGCUGCGCUGGGGUCAUGUGGCAGUUCAGAUGGCUAG